CUGUUAGUGUCAUGUGCCGCCUCUCCAAUUGCAGGCUUACUGGAAGAAAAAAUGGCCAGCGACACACCAGGUUUCUACAUAGACAAACUUAAUAAAUACCGCCAGAAACAUCAAGUAACAAUUACGUAUAAAGAGCUUCAUACUACAGGACCUCCACAUGACAGGAGGUUUACAUUUCAAGUUAUAAUAGACAAGAAAGAAUUUCCAGAAGCUGAAGGGAAAUCAAAGCAGGAAGCAAAAAAUGCUGCUGCCAAAUUAGCUGUCGAUAUGCUUCGUAACGAAAACAAGGAGGAUAGUCGUAUGGAUGUUUCUGAAGAAGGUUCAUUCACUGGGAAUUACAUCGGCCUUGUCAAUAGCUUCGCCCAGAGGGAAAAGCUGUCUGUCAACUAUGAACAGUGUGACCCUGACACUCAGUCACCCCAAAGAUUUAUUUGUAAAUGCAAAAUUGGGCAGACAACAUAUGGUACUGGUUCAGCUGCUACCAAACAGGAGGCGAAACAGUUGGCUGCUAAAGAGGCAUAUCAGAAGCUGUCAGAGAGAAGCUUGGUGAAAAGUGACAGAGCAUCCUCUGAUUUUAUCACAUUUGAAUCCAGCGGCUUUCCCCGCAGCCUAUCUUUAUCAAGUGAUUCUGCUUCUCACUCAGCACGUGAAAGUGGCUCCUCAGAGAGUGCCUUAGAAACCAGCCUCCCUCGCCAUUCUCCUGUUAUGAAUGGUCUCAGAGAAAAUAAGAAAUCAAGAGUAAAACCUAAUGAUGUGAUAAAAAAUAAAUACAGCGUGGACUCCAGGUUUAACGAGGAUUUUGAAGACAUAAAAGAGAUCGGCUCAGGUGGAUUUGGCCAAGUUUUCAAAGCAAAACACAAACUUGAUGGAAAGACGUAUGCUAUUAAGCGUGUUAAAUAUAACACAGAGAAAGCAGAACGUGAAGUAAGAGCACUGGCAGCACUCGAUCAUGUCAAUAUUGUUCAAUACCACGGUUGCUGGAAGGGGGAGGACUACGAUCCUGAGCGGAGCACCGAUAGUGACUCAAGUCGAUCAAAGACUCCGUGCCUCUUUAUUCAGAUGGAAUUCUAUGAUAAAGGAACUCUGGAGCAAUGGAUGGAAAGCAGAAAGCCGAGUAAAACUGACAAAGCUUUGGAUUUGGAAUUAUUUGAACAAAUAGUGACAGGGGUGGAUUAUAUACACUCAAAAGGUUUAAUUCACAGAGAUCUUAAGCCAGGUAAUAUAUUUUUAGUAGAUGAAAAACACAUUAAGAUUGGAGACUUUGGCCUUGCAACAGCCUUGGAAAAUGAUGGAAAAUCACGAACAAAGAGUACAGGAACUCCUCAGUACAUGAGUCCAGAACAGAUAUCUUCACGGAAAUAUGGAAAAGAAGUGGACAUCUUUGCUUUGGGCCUUAUUCUAGCUGAACUCCGAAAGAGGUGCAUCACUGUUACAGAAAAAAUAGAGUUUUUCCAUCGUCUGAGAAAUGGCAUCUUCCCUGAUGACAUAUUUGACAGCAAAGAAAAAAGCCUUCUACAGAAAUUACUCUCGAACAAACCCACGGAACGACCUAACACAUCUGAAAUUCUGAGGACCCUGGCUGAAUGGAAGGCCAUCUUGGAGAAAAAGAAAAGAAACACAUGUUAGGGCCUUUGUGAAAAAGUGCUCUGCUUCUGGUUUCUAGGACCAUCUGGAUCCUUCUACUUUGCCAUUCUCCUAUGCUUCUCUCAUCUAGAGUCCCAAUAGGAUAUUCCACUCCUUGGAAUAUACCCAGAAGAUGCUCCAGCACACAAGAAGAAAAUUUGCUCAACCAUGUUCAUAGCAGCCUUAUUCUUAAUAGCCAGAUCAUGAAAACAGCCUAAGUGUCCCUCAGUAGAAGAAUGGAUAAAGAAACUGUGGUACAUUUACACUAUGGAAUACUACUCAGCUAUUAAAAACAAGGAAUUCCUGAAAUUUGUGGACAAAUGGAUUGAACUAGAAAUGAUCAUAAUGAAUGAGUUAACCCAGA